AAAGAAAAGAGGUAAAAAAAAAAAAAAGUGACAAAUUCAAAAGCCAGGUUAUGAAAUCUGAAAAGUCAGAUAGAAAGGGACUAAGGAAACAAAUUUGGCUUUCCUCUUAAAAUAUAUCGUCCUUUUUACCGCCCCUCUUUUUUUUCUUUUUUUGUUCUCUUCGCCUUUCAGUUUCAGUUACAUCAGCUUUUUCUCUCCGUCUCGGAUGCACAGAAAGAUUUACAGGACAGUAGAAGAAAAAGAAUUAUUUAAGCUCCCUUCUCCCCUCACUCAUCUGUCUCUCGCACCUUUCCUACUUCCUUGUUAGUUUCCUGUGAACUUCCUAAACAGUAAACACCCACCUCUCUCUCUCUCUCUCUCUCUCUCUCUCUCUUUUCCUUCAUUCAGCUUUCACAUUCUUCAUUUGCCAUCUGUAUGUUUGGAUAUUCCUCUUCCCUUCUGGCAUCCUGCUGAGUCUAAGUUGUGCAAUUUGUUUUCAAAUAGUUUUCAUUUUGUUUGUUUCUUGAAAAGGGUUUCUGUCUGUUUGCUGUAUAAUGUAAUUGUGUGAAAGUGUUUGCUUUGAUUGAUUGUCUUUCUUUUUUUCAAUUUUUUUUUCCCUUUCGGCUCUCUGAGCAAUGCCCAGUUGUUUUAAACUGAUUUUAUAGAAUCUCUGUCCAAUUUUAAAUCAUGGGUUUUCGCUAGUUCUUGAAGAUUUGAAGGUUUUUUUUUGGGGGCGGGCUUAGUGAUCCUGUAAUGCAUGUUUUCUUAAACUUGUUUUAAAUCACCCAAAUUGACUUUGAGAAAGAUGGGUUCUCGCUAAAUCCUUUUGUUUUCAAAUUCCAUUCGAUUGCAGUUCCUGAGAGGAUAUAAAAAUCAAGUGUUACAGGCCAAGUUCUGAACAUGUAAUUGGGCACUGAGCGUGUUUUUUUUGGUUGUACGUUUUAGUCUGGUCAUCCAAUUCAGGAUACUUUUAGCAUUAUGUAACAAAGUUGUUAACUUGAUGGAUCUGUGCUUUGUUAAAGCCUUCCGUUAGUUGAGAUCUCAGAAGAUGGAUGAAGUUGGUUCAUCCUCUCGCUAGUGUUGAUUUUUGGUCAAUGAUGAGUUCAUUUCGCUAAAAGUUGUCUCACUUUCAAUCCUUGAUGGAGAUCAAACCAUCCAAGAAAAUUUUGGGAAACUAAAAGUAGGAAAUCUGACACAUAAUUCAUUAAGUACCCAAUUCUUUUGUUCUUUCUGAUAAAUAAAGAAAAUCCAUUCUUUGUAAUCUGCCUAGGUAGGAUGUAAAGUUUGUCUUCCAUCUUUAACUGUUAAUUAUGGACCUCAUUGAAGGUCAUGUAUACCAGAAACAUAGUUAAGCUCAUUAUCUAUGAGACUAUGACCAAGUAGACACAUACCUGUGGUCCUCCUGCCCAAACUUCAAGUUUCUGUUUUCUAAUUCAAGGUGUGAUGACGGAUUAGCCUCUCGAGUCGUUUCAAAUAAUUUGUUUCUGAGUCAUUUGGGUAUUCAAUUUCUAAAGAAGAAAGGAAAAAAGAUAAGAUAAAUUCCUGUUUCUUACAAAGUUAUUGAGUGACCAUGGAAGAAACGUUCGUUCCAUUCCGUGGAAUCAAGAAUGAUCUUAAAGGAAGACUACUGUGCUACAAGCAAGAUUGGACUGGUGGAAUUCGCGCUGGCAUCAGGAUCCUGGCUCCAACUACAUAUAUAUUCUUUGCAUCUGCAAUUCCAGUUAUAUCUUUCGGGGAACAACUGGAAAGGGAUACGAAUGGAUCCUUAACUGCAGUUCAAACUUUAGCAUCAACAGCAUUUUGUGGGGUUGUCCACUCUAUUUUUGGGGGUCAACCACUCCUCAUACUUGGUGUUGCUGAGCCCACAGUUUUAAUGUACACAUUCAUGUUCAACUUUGCAAAAGAUCGAAAAGAUUUGGGACAGAAUCUCUUUCUAGCCUGGACAGGAUGGGUUUGUGUGUGGACAGCUCUUUUGCUUUUCUUGCUGGCCAUUUUGGGUGCAUGCUCAAUUAUCAACCGCUUUACGCGCCUGGCUGGUGAAUUGUUUGGUCUUCUUAUUGCAAUGCUCUUUAUGCAGCAGGCCAUUCGUGGAGUUGUUGAGGAGUUUGGGGUGCCCGAGCGAGAGAAUCCAAAUCAGGCGGCACUAUUACCCUCGUGGCGCUUUGGGAAUGGAAUGUUUGCCCUGGUUCUGUCGUUUGGACUUCUGCUCACAGCUCUAAGGAGCCGGAAAGCUAGAUCCUGGCGAUAUGGAACUGGCUCACUCCGGGGAUUUGUAGCUGACUAUGGUGUACCUUUGAUGGUGCUUGUAUGGACUGCUGUAUCAUAUAUACCGGUGAAUAGCGUUCCAAAAGGAAUUCCGAGGCGACUUUUUAGUCCAAACCCUUGGUCUCCUGGUGCUUAUUCGAAUUGGACUGUUAUCAAGGACAUGGUGAAUGUACCUCCGUUAUACAUUGUUGGAGCAUUUGUUCCUGCAACAAUGAUAGCUGUACUUUACUACUUCGAUCAUAGUGUGGCAUCCCAACUUGCUCAGCAGAAGGAAUUCAAUUUAAAGAAGCCUGCUUCAUAUCACUAUGACCUCCUCUUGUUGGGUGUCUUGGUCAUUAUAUGUGGUCUCAUAGGCAUCCCUCCUUCUAAUGGUGUCAUCCCACAAUCUCCCAUGCACACAAAGAGUUUGGCUACUCUGAAACAUCAGCUUCUACGCAAUAAACUUGUAUCGACAGCUCGGAGAAGUAUGAGCAAAAAUGCAAAUCUUGGCCAGCUCUAUAGUAAUAUGAAGGAAGCUUACAAUGAAAUGCAGACGCCACUUGCCUUCCAAACGCCCCCUGCUCUGGGGCUGAAAGAGCUGAAGGAUUCAACAAUUCAACUAGCUUCAAGUACUGGUUACAUUGAUGCCCCAGUUGACGAGUCUGUGUUUGACGUGGAUAAGGAUAUUGAUGAUCUUUUGCCUGUUGAAGUCAAAGAACAGCGUCUCAGCAAUCUGCUUCAGGCAUUAAUGGUUGGUAGCUGUGUUGCUGCUAUGCCUAUCUUAAAAAAGAUUCCUACUUCGGUCCUCUGGGGUUACUUUGCUUUCAUGGCCAUUGAAAGCUUGCCAGGAAAUCAAUUUUGGGAGAGAAUAUUGUUUCUUUUUACAGCUCCAAGUCGAAGAUACAAGUAUGUCUAUGUUGGUAUUCUCGUUUAAUCAGUUUUUACUGCUUUGUUUUAGAGUAAGUAGGUACCUGCCACUUUUGCAAGUUAUAGUUCAUAAUGUCCAGGGUACCUGUUCUGUGUACCACCUCUCUUUUAUACCUAUUUCUAUGAUUAUUGUUUCAGGGUGCUGGAGAAGUAUCAUGCGACAUUUCUUGAGACAGUUCCUUUCAAAACCAUUGCCUGGUUCACCGUAUUCCAGACAACUUACCUGCUCUUAUGUUUUGGUUUAACUUGGAUCCCAAUAGCUGGUGUCCUUUUCCCAUUGUUGAUUAUGCUGCUUGUUCCAGUGCGGCAGUAUAUGCUCCCCAAGUUCUUUAAAGGAGUCCAUUUGCAGGACUUAGAUGCUGCAGAGUAUGAGGAAGCCCCUGCUGUAACAUACAACUUAUCUUAUGAAGUAAGGCCAUAAAAGCUCUCUGAUAAAUGUAAUGCUAUUUAUUUAGAAUCGUUUUCAGAUAUUUCGUUCUCGCUUAACUCACCUCUUUAUCUUGCCGGAUUGCUAAGAAGCUCGGAGUUUUCCAUGAAGUAGAGAAUAGUGUAUUAACUUCUGCAUGGAAGCAAUUUGAAGAUGUUUGUUAUUAUUUAGCAAACAAGCCACGGCCUAAUUGGUUCUGCCAUUUUUUUUAUGUAUUCUUUCAGGCUCAAGAAAGUCAGGCAAGAGCCCCCUUUGACAGUGCUGAAAUACUUGAUGAAAUUGUCACAAGAAGCCGAGGUGAGAUUCGACAUUCAUAUAGCCCGAAGGUAACAAGUACCACCCCAACUUCAGUGGAAGACAUAAAGAUGGUGCACAGCCCGAGGGGUUUAUCGCAUAGGGCGGCAUACAGCCCCCGGGUGGACGAGCUCAGGACUGAAAGCAGCCCCAGAAUGAGUGGAAAAGGACUUGAAAUCAAACAAACACCCAGUCCACGUCCAUCUCUGCUCAGCCAAAGCAGUAAUGUUUCUUCUACCUAGGAAACAAUUAUGGAAAUUCUUGUGAGUUGAGUCGUAAAUGGUUCUUGAUGAAGAGUUCUAUCUUAUUAGAGUUAUGAAGGAUGCUCGAGAGGUCUUCUGACAAGUAUAUUUGUCAAUGUUGGUGAGAUAAGUAGUUCCGUUGCUAAUUCUAAGAACUGUGUAUGUUGGUUUGUCCGUUCUUCAGAGUGAGUCGUUCUUGUUCCUAAAAGAGUCUGGGCAGAGGACAGCAAUUAAAUUAAUUAAAAUAUAUUCAUUUUCACUUCUGUCUCUCUUUAACCAUUAUAUUUGAUUUGUUUUUUUUUUUUUCGUUUU